UGUUGUCCAUGAGAAAACUGCAUUUGACCUUUCCAGCAGUAGCCUGUUAUAAAAAUCAGAUUUGAAAGAGGGGAAUGACAGAGAGAAAAGCCCUUCUUAUUCAGCUGGAUUCAUCUUCUCUAACAACGAAGAUAACAGCACUACUUAGAUUUUCUUUCUUCUCUGUCUUAUUUCCUCACUAUUAAUAUGGCCAAAAAUUUCUGUUGUUUAUGUUGCUGCUCUUGCUGCGGUUUACUUUCCCCUUCUCCUCCACAAUCUCUUCAACAACAACAACCCAUCUCUAUCUCUACCCCUUCACCGCAACUAUCUCGGUAUUCCACCAUCUCCUCGCCUUCACAACCUUCUGAACAAGAGCCCACUGUCACUAUGACCGAUUUUAAGAAUUUUCUACAAAAGUUCAAUGAUAUAAGCCAGAUUGAGGGUCUGAUUCAGGUUUUAGAAGAGCUAUUGAAGAUCGCAUCGGGAGAGCAGAGUGAUGGAGGAUCUAAUUCAGCGGUAGGUUCUCAUAUCCAAGAAGGCCAAAGAAUCCUGGAGAUGCUGGAUACAAGAAUUGGCAAGCGUCCUGUAACGAAAAAUCCUACGGAUAGCGUAAUUGCAGAGAUUGAAAAAGUUUGUAUAGAAGUGCUCAAAGGCUCUGAGAAAAUUCCUAAAGUAGGAAUAGCACUUUGUAUGUUGGGAUCCGCAUUGGAGAGUUUUAGUAAGAUGUCUGAGAACAAGAGUGAGUGCCUUGAAGUUUUGAGAAGGAUGCUUAAUCUUGGGAGGCAAAUUCUACUGUUGAAUGAGCAAAUUCCAGAGCAGAAGCAGAAACUAAAUGAGGGAAUCCAGUGCAUUAUUGUAGGAACCAGCAUGUGCAUCUCCCAACUUGCAAGAGCCAAAAUUUUCAGGUUUCUCACCGCUACAGUGAAUGCCGAUACUUUAAAGGCUUUUCAAUUCAAAAUAGACCACUUGUAUAGUGACAUCCAAUUGUCAGCUGCAAUUGGCAUAGGGCAAAGAGUGCCAAAAAUUGCUUCACAAUCGCAGAAAAUAUAUGCAUACCAACCGACAGUUGGAAUUGAGAGCGGACUGGAAAGAGUAAUUCAGCUUCUUGAUCUGAAUGCACAAGACACAAUACCCAUUGUUGUGGUUGUCUAUGGUUUUGGUGGGAUUGGGAAGACCACACUUGCUGAUGCCGUUUAUGCCCAACUCAACCUCCAAUCUUAUAAGCAUUGUAGAAUUCACAUGGAUCAAGAUUGUACCAACAACGAUCUUAAGGGCCUCCAAGAGCAAAUUUUGUAUGGAUUGUUUACAGAGAACUUGCAAUUGAAAAACUGCGAUGAAGGUCGAGGAAGGUUGUGGUCAUUUUUCAAAGAGCAUCCUAAUCAGCCUUUAUUCCUAUACAUUGACAAUGCUCUCAAAGGUAACGAUCUUGAGAAACUUCUACCUCAACGCUUGGAUAGUUGCCUCCCACCGAAGAGCAGAAUACUUGUCACUACUCGAAAUCUCCAAGAGACGGACAUUUUUGUUGGCAGGAAUAUUCAACGUCGACAAUAUGAUGUGAUUCCUCUUCCAGUGACUGAGGCAAGAAAACUUUUGUUGGAGAAAGUUUCAGAUUACAAUGAUGAAAAUAAUAUAGAAAACCUCCUUAAGUUGUGUGGUGGUAUUCCCCUUCUUCUUGAAUUAGCUGGUUCACAAUUGGCUCUAAACAGGGGAAAUAAAAAGAACAUAGUGCUAGAGAUGCUUAAAGAAGGAGAGAAGGUCAAAGAGAAAGAUAUAAGCGAUCGUAUGGUUGGUUUUGUAUACGACAGACUAUUAGAACCUGUUCAAGAGGCCUUUCUAGAUAUCGCAUCCUACUUUCAUAAUAGGUGGGGUAGUGAGUUUGUGGCCAGCAUAGUUGGAGAGGAGGAAUUCAGAGCUCUAGAAGCUGCCUCAUUCGUCAAGACAUCUGAAGAAGGUUUUGUGAUUGUUCAUGACAUAGUUCGAGCAAGAGGAAAAAAGUUGUCAGAGCAAGAGGGAAACAGAAUCCGAGACCGUGAGAGUUUAUUGGAAUGUUUGAAAGAUGAAGAGAAACUCAAAAAAAUAAAAGGCAUUUAUUCUGGUGAAGAAUAUGAGCAGCCUCCAAUCGAAAUUAAUUGUGAUCAUCUUAAUUGUAUGAGCAAUUCAUUAAGAGUGUUAUAUUGUAGAGGAUCGCAAAUAACAUUCAGGGAGCAAUGUCAUAAACCAUUUGAACAACUCAGAUGCCUUAGAAUUAAUGAUGAUGCUCUUGAUUUACCAAUGGAGUUUGAGAAACUCGAGCAUCUCACCUACUACAAGGGCCCAUUUAUGCAAGGCAUGAGUUUUUAUGAGUUUCCUCGAAGCCUGCGCUACAUGUACAUUAAGAAUUUUUCUUGGAACAGAGUUGUAUAUUCUAGAAUUCCUCCCAAAGUCACUCCAGCUUCUUCUCUUGAAGCAUUAGGUUUAUAUGACUUCAAAAAUAUACAAAGGCUGCCAAAUGGAAUGGAAAAGCUAAAAAAGUUAGAGAGCUUAACUUUAUGGGAUUGCCAUCAAUUAAGGGAACUUCCAUCCAAAUUGAGAGAUCUCAGCAAUCUAAAAGAGUUAGAAGUAGUUAAUUGCAAUGAAUUGAAAGAGUUGCCUUCAAAUUUUGGGCAACUCAGCAAUUUGACAAGUUUACGAAUAUGCACAUGCUCUGCAUUAAGUGCAUUACCUUCAAACUUUGGGCAGCUCAAAAAUUUAGAAGAGUUAGAAUUGAGGUACUGUCCUGAACUAGCAGAGUUGCCUUCAGAUUUUGGUCAGCUCAAAAAUUUGAAAAAGUUAGAUUUGACGGGUUGUUCUGGGCUAGAAGAAUGGCCAUUAAGCUUUGGGGAUCUCACAAACAUGAAGGAGAUAGAUUUGAGAGGUUGUUCCUCAACAUUAAAAGAUUUGUUGCCAAAUAAUAUUAGAGGAAACAAUUGUAAGGUAAAUGGAUUACCAGACUGAAGAGUCUGAAGAAUGUAAUAAUAUAAUUCACCUCUCAAUUGUUAUUUUGAGAGCAUUUUUCAUUAUUUAUAAAAUUUGUAAUAUAAGAGUUGUGAUUUUUUAUGGUUUUCA